GUUAGUAGCGUUACUACUACUACGUAUCUACUAUAUGUGUACACCAAAGCUCAAAGAUAAAGGCCAUUUAACUAGUUACUUUGAUUUCUAGCUAGUUGCUUCUGUCCUUCAUCCUCUAAAACAAUGGCAUCAAAGAGCAAAGUAUUGAUCAUCGGAGCAACGGGAUGCAUUGGAAAAUUCAUCGUCGAAGCAAGUGUUAAGAGUGGACACCAAACUUUUGCUCUUGUUCGAGAAGAAACCUUCUCUAAAGUGGAUACGCAAGAGUAUUUUAAGAGCCAUAAUGAUGUCGAAGUUCUCGUUGGAGACAUUUAUGAUCAUGAAAGCCUUUUAAGAGCAAUGAAAAAAGUGGAUGUGGUAAUAUCAACCGUUGGACAUCGUUCUCAUUCUAACAUACUUAUACAAGAUCAAAGGAAGAUUAUUGCAGCUAUCAAAGAGUCCCGCAAUAUUAAGAGAUUCUUGCCAUCAGAAUUUGGUAUGGAUGUUGAUAGAGUUAGCGGUGUUGAACCUGCUCAGAGUUUGAUUGAGGCUAAGUCUCAAAUACGUCGAGUAAUUGAAGAAGAAAAUAUCCCUUACACUGUCGUUUGUUCAUACUACUUUGCUCGUACUAGCAUCCAAACCUUCUUUCAGCCCGAGCUUAAAGCUCCUCCAAGGGAUCGUGUUUAUAUAUUAGGUGAUGGAACAACAAAAGGAAUUUAUAACAUGGAAGAAGAUAUUGCCAUGUAUACUAUUAAAGCAAUGGAUGAUCCAAGGACCUUAAACAAGAUCCUUCACAUCCUUCACAUUAGUCCCCCAGCAAACAUCUACUCUUUCAACGAGCUUGUGUCUUUAUGGGAGAACAAACUUGGCAAGAAGCUUGAAAAGAUAUAUGUCAAAGAGGAACAACUUCUUAAGAACAUUCAAGAUGCAACAGAUGCAUUAUUGAAGAUAAUACUAUCAAUUGCUCACUCAGUUUUUGUGAAUGGACAACAAUCCAACUUUGCUAUCAAUUCAUCAUUCGGUUUGGAAGCAACAAUACUAUAUCCUGAGCUAAAAUACACAACCGUGGAUGAGUUUCUCAACCAAUUUGUAUAAAUUAAAAUUACUACCUCCGUUAAUAUUUAUCUUAUUUACCUAUACUAUAUGUAAGGGUUAAAAAUUCCAAAGUUCCAAAGUUACGGAUAAAUUAACAGAGAUGGUAUAUAUUAUCAAUU